GUUGUGGGGCAGGGUGGGGGCCCGGGGGGUAUUUCCAGCAGCGACACUCGGGGCGUUCAUUGUUCAUCGGGGUGCCGACAGCGGAGCCAUGGCCGAGGAGCAGCGGGACCUCAUCUCCGACCGCGGCAGCGGCGUGGUCAAUGUCCAGGACGCCCGCAGGUCCGCGUUGGGCCGCAAAGCCGUCUUCUCCACGCUCUCCAUCCUGGUGGCCCUGCUGAUCGCCGGCCAGGCUGUCACCAUCUACUUCGUCUACCAGCAGAGCGGGCAGAUCAGCAAGCUGACCAAGACCUCCCAGACCCUGCAGCUGGAGGCGCUGCAGAGGAGGCUGCCCGCCAGUGCCAAGCCGGUGAACAAGAUGAAGAUGGCCAUGGUGAACAGCCCCGUGGCCGUGAGGGUCCUGCCUCUUGCCCCCUCUGUAGGCGACAUGGACAUGGCCCCCGCUAGCAACAAGACUGAGGACCAAGUGAAGCACGUCCUGCUGAAAGCAGACCCCAGGAAGGUGUUCCCGGAGCUGAAGGACAACCUGAUGGACAACCUGAGGAGGCUGAAGAGCACCAUGACUGAUGCGGACUGGAAGUCCUUUGAGUCCUGGAUGCACAAGUGGCUGCUGUUCGAAAUGGCCAAGAACCCCAAGGUGGAGGAGCAUAAGGCGAUCCCGGCGGAGAAAGUGCAAACUAAGUGCCAGGCGGAGGCCAACUUUGGGGGUGUCCGGCCGGGUCAUUUCCACCCCCAGUGCGAUGAGAACGGCGACUACCUGCCCAAGCAGUGCAAUGCCUCCACCGGCUACUGCUGGUGCUCCUACAAAAAUGGCACCAAGAUUGAGGGCACUGCCACUCGGGAAAAGCUGGACUGCCCUGAUGUUGCUGCUGCCACUGCAGAGCCGGAGGAGAUGUUCUCCGGGGUGGACACGCUCAAGCUGGGGGCGGAGAAAGGCGAGUAGAAGAGGACGCCAGCGGAUGCCUGUCCCUUCCUCAGCAUCCCAGCUCCCGUGUUUGGUUUUUUGUUUUUUCUCUAUAUCAUUUCUGCUCUCACAUUGCUUUCCUGAGACAAUUAACAGCGGGCACCCCUGUGCGCUCCUCCCCCUCGAGGCAUCGGUUGAGACCCUUCCCCUGCUGCAGGGCACCGGACAGGGCUGAGCUGCCACCAGGAUCAGUGCUAGAGACGAGGUGUUCCCUCAGAGGGUGGGUAAAGAAGGUUGGAAAAUUAUUUUGGCAAGCCCUGUUCCCUUUGGCUCACCGGCAUCUCGCAGCACCCGGGCAGCAGCAGGCGCAUUGCUCACCCCUGCUGAAGAACGAGCCACUAAUGCUUUUUUUUUUUAAACUGAACAAACAUUAAAAGCAGCAAAACAACCUCCAGCAGCUUCUUUAACUGACCCCUGUAGGUGGAAGCCCUGUGAGAUUACUGGAGUAGAGGCUUUUUCUUGUGGAGCGCUCGGUUUUGUAGAGAUAGAUGCUCACCUUCAGCUUUUGCCUUCAGGCUGGAGAACAGCCGCAGCCGGGGGUAGCAGUGGGCAGAGGGGCUUUUAAUUUUUCUGAAUAGACCUGAUAAUUCCUUUAUAAAUGACCUCACAAGCUAAUUAUUUCAAAUAAACUUUUGAAUAAGAAAGCCUCAUAAGCAA